AUGGAUAUCAAACGCCAAUUUCCUGGUGUGUACUGGGUUUGGGGAGGAGGCAUCUCCUUUGUCUAUGAGGUCCAUCCUCUCAUCGUGGUCAAGGUUCCCAAGUCCGGUCAGGAAGAGAGAGAGAAAUUUCGGAAAGAGCUUAAGAUCUAUGAGAUUCUAUCCCAGCAUCCGCCCUGCCCCUCUCUGGUGGAGUGUUUCCACUAUACGCCAGACGGAAUCUUCCUUGAGUAUAUGAGAGAUAUUUCCCUUGCUUAUAGGAGACAAUUCAAUCUUACCCGGGACCACAAAACUCGUGUGGUUACUGAAGUGGGAGAGCUGGAACCCCUGGCAAUACGAAAGUUGUGGAUGAACGAUCUUGCUCAAGGUGUUGCUUUCCUCGGAUCGCUUAACCUCGCUCAUGGUGACCUGCGACCGGAAAAUGUCCUGCUUGAUCGUAACCGACUCAAACUAUCGGAUUUCGAUUGCACGGCCGAAUUUGGAACAGAUUUCGAAACUUGCCCUUGCCCAUAUGGAAGACUACUCAAUGGUAACGAGGCAGACCAAGGAAUACCAGGAACUGCCGGCUUCCUAGGUCCUCGGACAGAGCAGUUCGCCCUCGGUUCACUGUACUACUUAAUAAACUACGGCUUUGAGGUCUAUGAUGAUCAAUGUCUUGCCGACGAUCCUUACGAGCAUGGACCUAAGGUCAUGGACUUACUACAGGACAUGAAGUUUCCGAAGCUCGAUGGCGACCCGCUUAUUGACGAUAUCAUCGAUAAAUGCUGGCACAACCAAUAUCGCACGCUUGCGGACCUGGCCACGCACGUAGAGACGUUGCUUAAGGAAUCACCAAGCGAUGCACUGAUCCAGGAAACAGCCUCCACUCCGGGAUGGCGCAAAGCUAUAGACAGUAUACUGCGUCGGUUGUGGUACAGCCCCGGUGCCCAAUGGAGGAGCAACGGUGAGGUAAUCAAUGGUGACGACUAUUACAAGGUGGAUCAGAACCACUCUGGUGAGCAUUUCUCUUCAAAACAGAGAUUCUGCCAGGACUUGGAGAAGCGUGGACUUCUGCGCCUACUUACUUUGAGUAAGCCCACGGAGCUUGGAUUCAGCAUGGAGCACAGGCAUUUGUCACCAACUACUCCAGCGAACUGA